CCUUCUUUUUUCUCUCUCCGCCUAUACAUACAUUCGUGCAUAUAUAUCUUACACAUCUCUCUCUCCAGCUACAAAACAAAUAUAUACACAGACAAGAAUAGGCACGAUUUAAUCGCUCACUGUUUCUUUCUGUAUCUCAGUGGGUGGAAAUUUCUCUGUCUGUUUCUAAACCCUAAUUGCGAAGUAUCGGUGCGGUGGAGAAAAUAAGGAGGGUUUGUUGGAGGAGGGGGUGAUCUUUCGUUUCGUCGUCUAUUUGGAACUGGAGUCGUUGUCAUGGAGAGAUCCGACGCCAAAGAUUUCAAUGAUUUCAUCGACCCAUCCGGCAGCUCAUCUUCUGGUAGUGCAAUGUUCGAUGCAUCUCGGUAUGCGUUCUUUGCAAAGGAUAUAAUGGAUGAAGUAGAAAUAGGGGGUUUGGAAUAUGAAGAACAGGGUGUUCCUGGAAGUGGCGUCGACGAAGAGUUGAAUGAGUACCAUUUGUUCAAAAAAGAUGAGGGCUCAGCAUUAGGAUCAUUAUCUGAUAUAGAUGAUCUAGCUACUACAUUUGCCAAAUUGAAUAAAGUUGUUUCUGGACCAAGACAUCCCGGAGUGAUUGGAGAUCGAGGAUCUGGAUCUUUCUCAAGAGAGAGUUCAUCUGCUACAGAAUGGACACGGGAGGCAGAUUUUCCUGAUUGGUUUGACCAUCACAUGUCUGAUUCGGAAUGUUAUGAAGAAAAUAAAAGAUGGUCAUCACAGCCACACAUCUCUUCAGUGCUUCAUCCUGGAUCACAACCAUUAUACCGAACAUCAUCUUACCCACAGCAACCGCAGCAGCUGACACGAUUUUCUAGUGAGCCUAUCUUAGUCCCCAAAUCAUCUUUUGCUUCCUUCCCCCCACCGGGAUCUCAACAAGUUUCUCUGAAUAAUUCACAUCUUAACCUAUCAUCUCUUUCGAGUGGAUCUCAGUCACCUUUCUCUGCACAGAACAGCUCUCCUCUAUCUAAUUCCACUCUACAUUUAUCUGGUUUGCCCCAUGGCUUCCGUUAUGGUACAAACUUGUCGCAGCUGACCUCACCUAACCUCUCUCAAAACUAUCAUCUUCAAAAUCAUUGGAAUAGCCAUGCUGGCCUUCUUCAUGGGGAUCACUCCGUCUUAUUAGAAAACAUACUACAGCAUCAGUAUCAAAAUGGUUUAUUACCUUCGCAGCUGAUAUCUCCCCAGCUGCAAAGACACCUCUCAGUUCAACCGAACUUGGCCCGUUUAUCAGCUGUACAUUCUCAAAUAUUUAAUAGUGUUCCUUCAUCAUCACAUCUGAGUAAAUAUAGACUGGCUGACAAGAGAGAGUCAAAACCUAAAUCAUCACAAAAAGGUAGACAUUCUGUUCGGUUCUCCAAUCAAGGGUCUGAUGUUAGUAGCCACAGGAGCGACAGUUUGUCCCAGUUCAAGUCGAAGUACAUGUCUUCUGAGGAAAUAGAAGGCAUUCUUAAAUUGCAACAUGCUGCAACCCAUGGCAAGGACCCCUAUGUAUAUGAUUACUACCACCAGGCCAGCCUUGCUAAGAAAUCUUCUGAAACAAGAUCAGCAAUUCGAUUCUGCCCAUCCAACCAGAAGGAGCAAUCUUCCCGAUCUCGUAAUGCUCCAGAACCAAAGCCACAUCUCCAUGUUGAUGGUCUUGGAAGGCUUUGCUUUUCUACAGUUCGAAGGCUCCGCCCUCUUCUUGAAUUCGACCCUCCUCCCUCUGCUUGUGGAGAUAGUAGUGCUGAACAGACAUUAUCUGAUAAGUCUUUGGAACAGGAACCGAUGUUUGCAGCAAGGAUAACAAUUGAGGAUGGGCUGUAUCUACUUCUGGAUGUGGAUGAUAUUGAUCGGCUUUUGCAGUUUACUCAACCCCAAGAUGGGGGAAGCCAGCUUAGGCAGAAGCGCCAUGUUCUUUUAGAAGGCCUAGCUGCCUCCCUUCAGCUUGUUGACCCUCUUGGAAAAGGUGGGAACUCUGUUGGGCUGUCUAACAAAGAUGAUAUUGUGUUUCUCCGCAUAAUUUCUGUUCCCAAAGGCCGGAAGCUCAUCUCAAGGUUUCUUCAGCUUCUUCCACCAGGUAGCGAACUUGCUCGAAUUGUUUGCAUGGCUAUCUUCCGCCAUCUGAGAUUUCUCUUUGGGGGGCUUCCUUCUGAUCCAGAAGCUGCAGAUACUGUUAAUGAUCUUGCUAAAACUGUGUUUGUGUGCGUUAGCGGCAUGGACCUUAAUGCACUUAGUGCUUGUUUGGCUGCUGUUGUUUGUUCCUCGGAACAACCACCUCUUCGUCCACUUGGGAGCCAUGCUGGAGAUGGUGCCUCAUUUAUCUUGAAAUCUGUUUUAGAAAGAGCCACUCACUUGCUACGAGAUCCUCAUUCUACUAGCCAGUUUGGCAUGGCUAAUCCUGUUCUUUGGCAGGCAUCAUUCGAUGCCUUCUUUGGUCUCCUGACAAAAUACUGUGUGAGUAAAUAUGAUAGUAUACUGCAAUCACUAAUUACUCAAAACCCUCAGAGCACAGAAUUGGUUGGCUCAGAGGCUGCAAAGACUAUCAGCAGGGAGAUACCUGUGGAGCUUCUCCGCGCUAGUAUACCGCACACUGAUGAGAGCCAGAAGAAACUGUUAAUGAAUUUCGCUCAGCGAUCCAUGCCUGUUGCUGGGGUCAAUACUCAUGGUGGAAAUUGUGGACAGGUAAAUCCUGAAUCAGUGAGAGGCUAGCUGAGAAGGCAACAAGUUGCACUGAAGCUAUUUGUUGUAAAAUGAUUUUGAGCAGCGUCUGCCCAUAUGUUGGCUUCUACGCUUGCUGAUUCUUCUAAUCUCAGCGCGAAGAUGGAGUCAUGGAGGAUGUGUAUAUUAUGGUGGAAUUUAAUAAGUGCAAGUGUACUUUUCUUGUAAUCCAAUGCCUACGGUCGGUAAAUCCUUUGCUUGCUCUCUUCCCCACCCGUACUUGGAUCCUUCCCUUCUACUUUUUCUGCAGGAGUUUAUAUUCUGCCUGUUUCUCGAACGUAGUGUAUCUUGCAUAGCUCUUAUGGAGUAGUUUUAUUAUACCAUGAGAGCUUUAUUUGACAAUGUUGUACAGGGAGAGAGGACUAUGGGGAUCUUGUGUGUGUGUGUGUUUGUGAUGUGAAUUUGUACAGGUAGGUGAGCCAUUGAGAGUGGAGAUGCUUGUCUCUCCCCUUUUACUCAUAUGGCUUGGUGAAAUAAACAAUUGUUGUUCAUGUGAAGAAUUUAGAAAGUUGUCGUCGACCUUUAGCAACAGCAGCAGCCUCAGCAGAGAAAGAAGAGGUCUGGAGUAGUGUGUCCAUGUUAAUCUGGAAUGACAGAUUCUCAAUUGUUGAAUGAUAGGUACUUCUCUUCUACUUGUAUGACAAGUAAAUAAUAGCAUGUUUAUUUGUCCAA